CGACAGCCGAAGUGCCUGUAGAGUGAGCGUGUAGAAGCACUCGCGUGAGAGGCGGCGAGAUCCAUAGAUACGACCGACGGCGGGACCCUCAGCGGCAUGGCCGCCUCGUCCGCGGCAAAUGCAGCUGCCGCAGCCGCCACACCACAUGGCAUGCGGCCUGCCAAGCGCGAGGAGGCCUUGCGGACAGCCGCCUACGCCAAGCAGCAGGUGCUGAGCAGCGAUGCUCAGGCCCUCAAGACCCGCCUACAGGAGCGGUACGGCAAAGACAAAGAUUCGCCCUUCCUUUACUCUCCGACGCUUGGCAAGGGAGCGGGUGGCGAGAUCGACCCGCUGCGGCAGGCGGGGCUGUGGAAGAGUGUGCGGCAUACGCUGUCCCAAGGGUCAGCAGCAUAUAUCUAGACAGCCAGGACAGGCGUUAUCGAGGUGGUUUGACUGUGGUGUUGUGUGUGUGUGUUGCAAUGCAUGCAUUUGCUGUCAGGUGUGGUGCAUGCUGGUGUGGAGGCGGUCGAGGUGUGUGAUCACUUCCACCCGGUGCGCCUGGCCACACCGGCAGACGACAAGUGCUUCAGCCUCCGGUUUAGGGGAGAGAAGCCAAUACCAAAUACACACCAGGUGAGGUGCGUGCAGGGCGGUCUGUGUGCGGCACAUGGAUGGAUGGAUGGAUGGAUGUGUGUGUGCAGGUGCAUGUAGUGUUGGGUGAGUACGUGGGUCUGGUGCAGCGGUCUGCCGACCCUGAGGGCGAGUCGGCCGCACCCUGCAGCCACGUCUUCCAGCUGCGCUUCGACCCAAAAGCCUUCACACGCGACGACGACAACCACGCCGACACAGACAGCACACACAACAUGACAAACGGUACACACAACACAACACACACACCAGCCCGCCUGCCUCUCUGUACCUGUGAGUGGAUGGCUGUGUCGGGCCAUGUAUGACCCAUUGCUUGGCCAGGCUGUGGUGCUGUGGCAGCUGAGGAGCUGCCUGGGGACUGUGACUACGUGAUAGACGCGACAAUGCACCAGAAUGAGAUGACAUGCGUCAACCACUAUGCGGCGGUGGACGCAGUGGCGGGCCGAAACCUCAAAAUCAACGCUCACUGGCACAUGGUACGUAUUCACUACUUGUGGGGUGGGUGGGUGGGUGGGGUGGGAUGAGGAGUGAGUGCUGCCCAGAUCGAUGAGAUGGAUGCAUGUGCUGUGCUGAGUGGUUGCGUGCAGGUGUACGAGGACGGGUGGCCGCAUGUGAUUCUCACGAGCAUUCCCGGCAUCGGCAUCAAGGCGGGGGUGAGUCGCCACAGGCAGGCAGCAGCCCGACCUAGCACAUCGUCGUUGACCCAUCUGUGUGGGUGUGUGGUCGUCAGGAUGAGAUUGUGGCAGACUUCGGGUAUCCCUGGUUUCGAAACGUGCGUGAGACGGCCAUGAGAACACUCACGAGGGAGGUCAUCCGCGCAAGGCUCGCCGCCAAAGGUAGGCAGCCACGGCACGAUAGAUAUGGCAUACAUACACGAACGAACACGGGCACUUCAUUCACCUGGUCUGUGCGUGCCGUGCAGGUGAGGAGAUGCCUGCAGAGGGCAGCGAGCCGCAAUAUGGGUAAGUAAGCUGUACAGUCCAUCCAUCCAUCCAUCCAUCCAUGGUGUCGUACUCCCCGUCACUGAUUCAGUUCCGUGGAGCCUUCCGAGCCCCUGUGCAGCAUAUGUCGCCAGGCCGACCCACCCGCACAACAACACGACCCGUCAGCAGGAGCCGCAGCAGAUGGGUGUGAGGCGAUUGUGUGUGACGGGUGUGACACGGCCUACCAUCUGCAGUGUGUGCGCAUCAAGCAACACGAUACGAAACGUGCGGACGCACAGACAGACAGACAGACAGACGGGAGAGAUGGAGAAGAGCGUGUGUGUGUGUGUGUGUGUGGCGUCUUUGUGUGUCAGGGGUGCUUGAGUGGUUCUGCGCCAACUGUGAGGACCUGGCCAGGUACCUUGAUCAAUGGAUGGAUGGAUGGAUGGAUGCUGUCAGUACUGCCCACGGUUGGUUCAUCCCUACUCUGCCGUGUCGUGCGCUUCAGGCGUGUGUCAGCCAGUGUGCAGGGGCGUGAGCCACCCACCACCGACAGCCAACUAGCCAAGCGCCCCCUGCGGCUGCACAAGACCAUCAAACAAGCACACAAAAUCUCCAAUGUGAGCCCACCAACACGCCCAACUCCCACACAACCAUCACCUCCAUCUCCCUGAUUCCCACAGGCAGCGGCCAAGUGCCCCUCUGGCCCCUCACCACCCCGGCACCAGCAGCAGCAGCAGCAGCAGGAGGGCGGCGUCUCAUGGUCUCCGGCCAUUCAUGAGUGCGAGGCCCUGAGCGAGCUGAAGGCAUGCAAGGAGUGCUACGAGAAGGAAGCCAACGCGGGGCUCCCCGCCUUACACAUCAGCUGCAGGUGCGCACGGACAACAGACAGACACAGGAAGGAUGGAAAGAAAGGCACCCUACUAGAAUUUGUGGAUUGGCGUGUGGGUGCGUGUGUGUCAGGGUGCACAAGAAGCAUUUCGGUGCCGAUUACGACGCCCCCGAUGGGUUCCACCAGCCACUCGAGGCCGCACGAGACACCAUCGCAUGCCGUAAGCCAACCACACACAGCUACCCCGGCCAACGGACACUCACCAGCCCCUCCCUCCUUAUGUGUGAAUGCAGUGGAGCAGGCCUUGCGUGACGCCGAGCUUCGUGUCCUCGAAAUCUGCAGCAAGCGUGAUGCCCUCGCUGCGCAGCACAAGGCCGUGCAGCAGGAGCUCGCCGCGGCCAAGCGGGAGUGCUUGCGGCUCGACCAGGAGAACCGUGUGUGGGAGCGGAAGCACGCCGAGCUCGAACAGCGGCUCGGCAAGGGGGCUACGAGACGGAGGAAGCCUGACAGAGAAGGUAAGUGAGCGGAUGGCCGGCCAUUUGCUCCUCUCUCACUCACUGCCUCCAUGCCAUGUGUGUAUGUGUGUGUGUGUGUGUGUCGGUCAGGCGUGUCGUUGGUAGCCCCUGAUGCCACCCACUGGGUCAUCCGAGGGGCGGGUGUGUGGGUGCCGCUCACGGGCAUCCGGCUGGAGAAGACAAAGAUCUCUCGCCAGUUCACCGAUGGCUGGUGGCAGGUACCCGCACAUGACGCAUUCAUUACAGACACUUCCUUCAGACACACACGAAAAGGGCAGGGCACAUACAUGUGCUUCCUGCCUAUGUGUUCCUUCCGAGGGUACGGUGAUGGACUACGAGUACGGUUCGUGGCGCAUUCAGUAUGACGAUGGGGACGAAGAAGUGGUCAGCAGGUCAGUGACGCAUGUGUUGACACAAACACCCCGUUACGUUACCCCCACACACGUCACGUCGAUCGAUGUGUCGUUUCUCUGCGAGCAGCGACGACCUGAUGGACAUCAUCGUCGACGGCACAAGAGACCUACACUCAUGUACCGUACCCCCCACAUGCACCCAGACCAACCCACCCACGCACAUGGGCGGAUGUCAUUUCUGGCUGUGACUGCGUGUGUAUUCCCCCCGAUGGAUCGAUCAGUGUUUAGCAGGAUGGUCAUCCCCCGUGGCGUGUGGUCCAACGCCCGCUGGACACAUGCCCUCUCGCUCCUACGGAAUGACCUCCGCCAGGGCCAGGGCGAGACAGGGCCCGCUGACGAGGGGUCCGCCGGCAGCGUCGCCCCACCACCCAGCAACAGCAACCGCAGCAACGGCAGCAAUCCCGGUGGGCGGGCUGCCGGCCGCAACCGGCGCAAAAAGCCUGACAAUGACGUUGCUGCAGGAGGCAAGGACGGCAAGCCCAAAGGACCAGCACAGCCGUCGGCAGCAAAGCCCUCCCGGCGCUCCCUCUCGCCCUCCGCCUCUCCAUCUCCCCCUCCCGCCCCUGCUCCCGCCGUCAGCGAGAUGAUCAAUGGCCACUCCUCACCUUCUGCGGCCCACGGAGGAGGCACAACGAGUCAAGUGGACAUGACCGAGGCGGCCCUCAGUGCGCUCAAGCAGCUGGGCGGCGACGCCCUCGUCGAGGGCUCCCUCCACUGGCUGCCGAUUACCCAGUGCUUCCAGGCCAAGGCCAAGACAGAGGCGUCCGGCGACGGUGUGCGGCACUUCGCCCCCAGCGGCGUGGCUGACGUCGAGAGCACAUGCAGCCGCGCCCUGGCCUGGCUGCGGGGAGACAACGGGACCACUGCCACAGCGGCUCCCGCACCCGCCCCGACACAGAAGAUGGCCCGCGACAAAGAGGCCGCGAGGAUGCCGGGCAUGCCAGCCGAGGUCAAAUGGAGUCGGAAGCAGCAGGCUUAUCGUGUGCCUUACAUCGACAACGACACGCAGGCCCCAAGGCUGCGGGCCUUCACGCUGCAGCGAUACGGCACGGUGCAGGAGGCAUUCGCCAAGGCGGAAGCCUUCCAUGCCAAACACAUAGACCGCUAUCGCGCAUAUGCCAGCCUAAGGGACAAGCCAGACGGCCAGGCUGUGGCGGCCAACGGGCAGCCGGCGGUCGACGGAGGCGAGAAGAACAAACAGGGCGGCGACGCUGUCAUGAGUGAGACCUUCGAUGCGAUCAUGUCGGGAGGUGAUGGGGCACUUGCCGCCCAAAACGGCAACAACAAACGCAAGCGAUCCGGUGUGUGAGAAUACACACACAGGCAAACACACAAACAUCGACGCAUCAGCGCUGCCUGUGUGUGUCCUUCCCUUCCCCUCCCCUCACAGAGCGGUUGUCUGCCUCGCCAUCGCGCCAGGCGCCCUUGAAGAAGGCAGCCGGGCGCCCCCCCUCCCCCUCGCCGUCCGAUCCCCUUCCACAGUCCCGCAAAGAUGGUCAAAACAAUGGCCGCCGCUGACGGCAGCGACGAGCCGAUGGAAGGAGGCUCAGCCAAGGGACGAGACAGCAAGAGUGAUGACGGCCAUGGUGCUGGUGGUGAUGGUGGUGGGUGGAGGUGCCCGUCAUGCACGUUUGUCAACCAGGAGCAGUCGCGUCUGUGUCAGUUGUGCAAUGGGCUGCGCAAGAGGGGCGGGUGGAUGUGCAUGACCUGUGGGAUGGCCAACGAGCCGGUGGUGGCCGUGUGCGAGCGGUGCGUCAGAGAGGCUGCGGAUGCUGGAUACCUACUA